GCUGGAGGCAACAGAACAUGAUACUGUUGCUAAUAACUGUCAGAUUGGGAUGGCUUGAUCCUAUAGUUUUUACCUGUGCAAUGUGGAGAAACCAUCCUGCUCAAGGACAGAUGAGUAGCCAACAUGGUAAUCGUCUUUUUUCUUUUGGCUUUAAUGCAUUACAUAUUUUCCUCUUCUAGAACCUAUUCAAUAGAAAGUACCAAAAUUAGACGGCAACUAGGCCUAAAAAACUGCUUGAGGACUUGGUCAUAUGAACAUAGACUAAGAGCUACUACUUGUCCCCAUAAAACAUAUAGGGAUAAUUACUAUCACCCUUGAGGUUAGUUCAAAAUUACUGUUUUCCCCUAUAUUUUAAAAAAUUACUUUUACCCCCCUAAUGUUUUAAUUUCAUUUAACUGAAAUCUCUUGUAUCUAAAUGUGAGGGAAAACUAUGAUUUUCCAAAAUACAGAGAGAACAGUAAUUUUUACUUUACCCCCAGGGGAUAAUAGUAGUUGUCCUAAAAAUAUAUGAUUCUGAAGAAUAUGCAGGUCCUAUCUAUGUAUAUAUAGGAACCAUUUCUGGUCAUCUGCCUCAAACCAUAUUUUAGAAAAGAAAGAAAAAAUCUGUUCCAGAUUACAAAAUGGCAACAGAUGAACAGCUGAAAUUUUCUCUUUUUUCAUCUGUCAUCUUGGCUCUUCUUCUUGCUGUAACAAGUGAUGGGUUCUCAAUUCAAGAAGCAACCAUAGCUGAUAUCCAACUUGCUUUUGACCAAAACCUACUCACUUCAAGGCAGCUGGUUCAGUUCUACAUUGUAGAAAUCCGUAGGCUUAAUUCAAUCCUCAAUGGAGUUAUAGAAAUCAAUCCUGAUGCCCUCUAUCAAGCUGAUACGGCAGAUUACGAGCGCAAGACUAAUUCAUCAGGUUCACGGUCUGGCCUGCAUGGAAUUCCUGUUUUGCUUAAGGACAACAUUGGGACCAAGGAUAAGCUCAACACUACAGCUGGUUCAUUUGCGCUGUUUCGAUCCGUCGUGGCUCGAGAUGCAGGUGUUGUAAUGAAGUUAAGGAGAGCAGGAGCUAUCAUUUUGGGAAAGGCUAGCAUGACUGAAUGGGCUGCUUUUAGAUCACUUACACUGCCAAAUGGAUUUAGUCCUAGAGGUGGACAAGGAAAGAAUCCUUAUGUUCUAUCGGCGGAUCCUUGUGGGUCAAGUAGUGGACCGGCAAUAUCAGUAGCAGCAAAUUUAGUAGCAGUGUCUGUAGGGACAGAGACUGAUGGAUCCAUUUUAUGCCCUUCCAAUGCUAACUCAGCUGUUGGUAUAAAACCAACAGUUGGUCUCACUAGCCGAGCUGGGGUUGUCCCUGUUUCUUUCAGACAAGACACUGUUGGGCCUAUCUGCAGAACAGUAUCGGAUGCUGUCCACGUUCUUGAUGCAAUUGUAGGUGUCGAUUACAACGAUGCUGCAACCAAGCAAGCAUCUCAGUACAUUCCAUAUGGUGGGUACAAGCAAUUUCUCAAGCCUUAUGGGCUCAAAGGGAAGCGGCUUGGCGUAGUAAGGAAUCCAUUCUUGAGCUUUGCCAGUAAAGCUGAGAGUCAAGCUUUUGGGUAUCAUCUGCAAACACUAAGGCAAGGAGGUGCAGUUAUUGUAGACAAUUUGGAAAUUGCAAAUAUAGAGACUAUCUUGAAUCCUAAUGCAAGCGGUGAAGCUGUGGCAUUGCUAGCUGAAUUUAAAAUAUCCUUAAAUGCAUACUUGCGAAUGCUGGUGGCUUCACAAGUCAGAAGCUUGGCUGAUGUUAUAGCAUUCAACCAAAAAUUUGUAGAUGUGGAAAAGUUGGAGGAAUUUGGGCAAGAUAUAUUUCUUGCAGCCCAAGCAACAAACGGAAUCGGCAAGGUAGAAAGAGCAGCAUUAUUAAACUUGGCCAAACUGACAAGAGAAGGAUUUGAGAAAUUGAUCUGGGACAACAAAUUAGAUGCAAUAGUGAGUCCUGGUGCAAGAAUUGGUCCUGUUCUUGCAAUUGGAGGAUUUCCAGGAAUCAAUGUGCCUGCAGGAUAUGAUGACAAGGGAGUCCCUUUUGGCAUAAAUUUUGGAGGACUCAAAGGUUCUGAACCUAAGUUAAUUGAGAUUUCUUAUAGCUUUGAACAAGCUACCAAGAUUAGAAAGCCUCCCUCUUUCAAGGCUUGAAUAUUUGUUUUCUGAAAAAACAAUUUAAAAUUAUGAAUUUUCAAAUGGGAAAUAAUUAAUAUUGUCUUGGUGUCA